CUAUUUCGGUCAUGACAUUCGUUCAGUCUGCAUUUGACUUGCGCUACGUUCGGUUCGUUUAGUUAAAGCUCUCUGCUGACAUUCGCUCUGCGACUGCGACUGCGACGGCGCCUGCGCGAAACGUCAAGUGAAAGAUUUCGUCGGCUGUUGUUAUUUUCGUUGUGAGUGCGGCGGGUGCAUGUUAACGGUAAAUCGUGUCUGCCGAAUCAGAGUAGCGAACGCUUGCGCGGCCGUGACAAGAAUUUUGCUGUGGCAUUCGCCACAAAUGUUCGAAGAGUUAAUGAAGUGCAAAAAUGUUUGUUGUCUCCGACAUUGUUGUUGCUGUUGAAAUCGUUGUUGGUGUCUCCGAAUUGGUGUUGCUGUCGUUGUAAAGCUGAGUCUGCUGUGGGUGCUGCAGCCGCAGCAGGCGCUGUGAACAAUUUGAUUUGCGGUUUGCAACGCCUGACCCAGGCCUUGGCCCUAACCCUAUCUAAUCAACUGUCAAGUGAAAAUUGUGAAGAAAACUUUAAGCUGAGUGGGGCUCUGUGAAAGAUCUGCCGGCCUCCCCCUUGAGACAAACGGAAAUCUACGCAAAAACUACGCACAGAGUUUGGCAAUUCGCAAUUGGCAAUUCCCACGCCAUGUCCAUGGAACCGAAGUUGUUGAAACAGCUGCUGCUGAAGAACCACCAGGACGCCAUCUACCAGAACCAGUGCCAGUCCCUGUGCCUGCCCAUGGCGGACAGUCGGGAGCGAAUUCGCGGACCGUCGCGCGAUGGCCGCGAGUUUCUGACCAGUCCGCGCCAGGUGCUGCGCCGGCUGAUGCUGCUCUCGGAGGGCCGGCAAUAUCGGGAGGCGGCGGGCGUGGUGGGUCGCUUGGGUCCGUCGGUGCUGCACUCGGUGAUCGCGGAGCUGCCCAUUGAUCUGCUGCUGGAGCAUCUGCCGCACAGCGCCUAUCUGCUGGAGUCGUUCUACACAAGGCUAACCACGCUGAACAGCACGCCCAAGCCGGAUGUGCCCAGCGAGACGGUUGUUUGGCAGCUGGUGCGCCUCUUUGCCAACCCACACGAGCCCGGCCUGCGACAGCGCUGCUCCAAGCUGAUGCAGGCGCUGGCCCAGUAUGAGCCCGGGCUGAGGCAGGUGCUGCGCGAACGGCGGCGCAGCUUCGACAAUGCAGUGCAGGGAUUGGGCGUGCAUGGACUGACCACAGAUGCCUCCGGGCAGCUGAUAUCGUUGCACGUGGCGCUGAAGGCGGAGCUGCAGCGGCACGUGGACACCUACAAGAUGGCCAUACACAAGCUGGAGGAGCUGAGCAUGGUCACGAGCAAUCAGGACCCGGCGCACUCCUCCCACCAGCGGCUGCUGGCCAUCAACUACGGCGACAUCCAGCAGCGCCUGAUUGACAACAAGACCCUGCUGACCAUGCUCGAUAAGCCGGCGCUGAAGCAGCUCCACACGCUCGUCGAGAAUCUCAGCACGCGCGUCGAGAACGACAAGGAGGUGCUGUCCUGUGUGGGCCAGGUGAAGCGCCUGGAUGCCCAGGCACACAUCGAGAAGCGCCCGGCCGCCGGCCUGCUGAUGAACUUCUCGCGCGGCUGCGAGGUGGUGCUCCACAUGAUGGGCCCGGAGAGCGUGCCGCCCAGUCCGCUGGCGGCCAACAAAGCCACAGCCGCGGGCAGCGCCGGCGGCAGCAGCUGCAGCGACGGCUACCACUCCGACGACUCGGCCAGCGAGGAUGGCAGCGAAUUGGUGUCACACUAUCGAAAUCUCUACAUCGAGAACCGAGCAGACGCCCUGGAGGCGUUGGACAGCUUGCCCCAGCUCAAGCACGUCCACAGUCUGAAGGCCAAGAUACUCUUCUCCAUGAUUGUGCUUUCUUUUCGCCUGUGCCACGGCAUGCGGGAGCGCAAGGUGUUGGAGGUGCGCCGCGUGCUCAACUGCGCGCUGGACAGCAGCAGCGAGACGGCCCUGGCCCUGGACCGUUCGGUGCGCCAUCAUCUGCACGAGACAACCGAGAGCUUUCCGCUGGGCGAGAUCGAGCGAUCCGUGUUCAAUCAGGUGCUGUCCACGCUGCACGAGUAUCCCUGCUUGGAAUCCUGUCCGCCGCUGACGCACUUCGUCAGCGCCUGCGUGCGACUGGCCUGGCGCAUGAUUAACCAAAAGGCGCCCUACUAUCUGGACACUGAUUUCAAUCUGGGUUUUCUGCGUCCCGAGAAGCACGAACGCCACCCGCAGUCGGAUCGUCGCUCGGACCUGAUCAAGGCCUUCCUCUGGCCCGCUCUGAUGCAGAACAACCAGUGCGCCUUCAAGGCAGUCGUGGCCACCUAGCUGACCCAGCCGCCUACUUAACUAG